AUUCCUGAUGGGAUUUAUUUAUCUGGAUUACUGGGAUUUGGUAAAGCAAUCCAAAUUAAAGAAAACAAAUACCCAUAUCAACUGCUAUCCAAAUUCAGAGUUGGAUAGUAUUUUUAUUGAGACCAAACUGUCCAAAAAGCACACAAGCUUUCAAGUUUUCCAAAGCUCUUCAUCGGGCUAAGAACCAAAAAUUGGAGAUUGUAGAGAUGCCUUAAAUUUAGGCCAUGGAACCUAUAUUUGAGAAUUCAGAUUGAAAGAAUAGCAUAAAUAAGAAUGUCUGGCAGCUGUGCACACAGCUUGGGCCUGAGAGGUAAAGGUUAAUUUUAUGAAGCAUGUAUUAUACUGUUGCAUUCUUACUUGUAAACUCUAAAUAUCACUCAUGGAUUUGGAUUUGGAAAGAAAAUGAGUGGUUAUAUUUGUCCCAACAAACACACCUUUUAGCAGGAAAGAAACCCCAUUAAAAGUGAGGGCCUAUAUUAGUUUCAAAACACCUAUUGCCUCUGCAAUCCUAAGAAUAUAGUUUCAUCGACUCUGGCUUCAGUUACUGAAUCACUGUUGUAAUACAUGACAAAAACUUUUUAAAAACACUUUCGACAAUUGCAGUAUUCAGACUUUCCAAAACUGAUUGUGUUAGUAGCAGGAGAUUACUAGAGUUUUAGCACAAACUGAGAAUAAUCCCUGUACAAGGACCCUGGCAGCUCAUGGAUCCAUCACGUGGAGAUCGGCUUGUUCAUCUGCCUCAACGGCAGAAUAAUGUUCCUUCGCUGGAUUUAAUUUAGCUGAGUUAAACCCCUUCCAAAAGUCCGUAGUUUUAGCUACGCACUUCAAGCAGUGGAACUGAGGGUCUUUACCCCGGUGGAAAUGAGAGACUUCAGGACUGGGAGUCAAGCCAAAUUCACCACCUGAAAUUUUACGACUUAACGACUGAACAACAGUCGUUGGAAAGAGAAGUCCACGGAAGAGAUCCAUCCAUGGCAGGCGAAUGCCUCUAAGAGACUUGUCUCAGCCCUUUCUACGACAAGCGAGGUAUCCCACGCUCGAGCUGCAGCUGCAGCCUCUGCAACAAAAGGCAGGAAAUCCAGCGCGGCUCUUCUGCGCUUCCCUCCUUCCACGCGAACCCGAAUCCGGCGACGCUCUAUCUCCCGCAGACUGCGCGUCUAUGGUAAAGCCCUACUAAAUCAUCCAAACCCCCACAUCCGCCUUCCCCCUCCCCUCCCCGCCUGCUUUGUACGGCUGAGGGAGGGAAGAUGGCGGCGCGGGCGGGCUUCCAGGCUGUAGCUCCGAGCGGUGGCGGCGGUGGAGCCGGCCCUGGGGCGGGACCGCUGGGACCAGGGACGGCCGGGCCUCCCGUGCGGAUGGGCCCGGCUCCCGGACAAGGAAUGUACCGCUCCCCUCUGCCCGGCGCUGCAUACCCGCGCCCUGGAAUGUUGCCUGGCAGCCGCAUGACUCCGCAAGGACCUGCAAUGGGACCUCCAGGCUAUGGUGGGAGCCCUUCCGUCCGACCUGGGUUGGCUCAGUCAGGAAUGGACCAGUCUCGCAAAAGGCCAGCUCCUCAGCAGAUCCAGCAAGUUCAGCAACAGUCAGUACAAAACCGAAAUCACAAUGCCAAGAAAAAGAAGAUGGCAGACAAAAUUCUACCUCAGAGAAUCCGGGAAUUAGUACCAGAGUCUCAGGCAUACAUGGAUUUGUUGGCAUUUGAGAGGAAGCUGGACCAGACAAUUAUGCGGAAACGGUUGGAUAUUCAGGAGGCUUUGAAAAGGCCAAUCAAGCAAAAAAGAAAACUGCGCAUUUUUAUCUCCAACACCUUCAAUCCAGCCAAGUCAGAUGCAGAAGAUGGAGAAGGCACUGUAGCCUCAUGGGAACUUCGAGUGGAAGGACGGCUGUUGGAAGAUUCUGCUCUCUCCAAGUAUGAUGCUACCAAGCAGAAGAGAAAAUUCUCGUCCUUCUUUAAAUCUCUUGUGAUUGAGCUGGACAAAGACCUCUAUGGCCCAGAUAAUCACUUGGUGGAGUGGCAUAGGACUGCUACAACCCAAGAGACUGAUGGUUUCCAGGUGAAAAGGCCUGGUGAUGUGAAUGUGCGCUGCACUGUCCUCCUGAUGUUAGACUACCAGCCUCCACAGUUCAAACUAGACCCACGUUUGGCUCGUCUUUUGGGAAUCCAUACCCAGACACGCCCAGUGAUCAUCCAAGCUCUGUGGCAAUACAUCAAGACUCACAAGUUGCAGGACCCCCAUGAACGGGAGUAUGUCAUCUGUGACAAGUACCUCCAGCAGAUAUUUGAGUCUCAGCGAAUGAAGUUCUCAGAGAUCCCACAGCGGCUUCAUGCAUUGCUUAUGCCUCCAGAGCCAAUUAUUAUUAACCAUGUCAUCAGUGUUGAUCCAAAUGAUCAGAAGAAAACCGCUUGCUAUGACAUUGAUGUAGAAGUAGAUGAUACUUUGAAAACCCAAAUGAAUUCUUUCCUGCUUUCCACAGCCAGCCAGCAGGAGAUAGCUGCCCUGGAUAACAAGAUCCAUGAGACCAUAGAAACCAUUAACCAGUUAAAGACCCAGCGUGAAUUUAUGCUGAGCUUUGCCAGAGAUCCCCAGGGUUUCAUCAAUGACUGGCUGCAGUCCCAGUGUCGAGAUCUGAAGGCUAUGACUGAUGUUGUUGGGAACCCAGAAGAAGAGCGCCGAGCUGAAUUUUACUUCCAGCCGUGGGCACAAGAGGCCGUAUGCAGAUAUUUCUACUCUAAGGUUCAGCAGAGACGGCAGGAACUUGAACAAGCCCUGGGAAUCCGCAAUACAUAAACGGGCAGGCCUCCCAACAGGCAGCAUCUCUAAUGGCUAGAAACACUGCAGGGAUUCACUGCUCAGGCCUGUACAAUUCCUACUCCAGCACAGAACCUCCCGCUAAUCUCCAACCAACAUCUUUUCUUUCCGCUGAUCCAGUCCUCUCAUCAUUGGGGAUGAUGUUGGUACCCAGGCCAAGGUCUUGCAUUUCAGCCUGGCUCUCCUUUGUUUUGAGGCCCACCCUCCCCAGGUCCAGCUCUGCCUGAAGUUCUUCCACACCUGAGACAGCUUCCAUUCAGAGCAUAGCAUGGUGGCCCAGCCACCCUCCUCUCUCCCCCAGAAUAGUGGGCUGGGCAGUGUUGGUGCAUGGUAGGGCCCAAGUUAAAGGCUCUGAAAAGAGGGCAGGUUUCUAAUAUUUUCUGGCCUUUCCUGGGGGUGGGCAGGAGGCCUAAUACAGAUUCAUCUGUUGGGAAGGAAUGGACUCUCCCUGUGUGUGGCCUUCAGGUAGCUGCAAUCCAGGAUCACAAUCUUUGUUUCCGUGUGGGUGUCUGUUUUUGUUUUCUAAAGGGGAGGGGAUGACUGGCAGAGGUGCCAGGUAAAGUCAUCGGCCACCUUCUUGGGCACAAUGAAAAUCACAAGUCACUGCCUUCUGGGGAAGAAAGCUUUUCUAACUCAACUCCUUAUCUCUUCUUCUGCCCUCCACCCCCCUCCUCCCAAUCCCCAGCACUAAUUCUUUGUAUCUACAGUGCUUGGUAGAAGAUUGUUUCCUUCAGACUAGAGUUACUUUCCUUUUGACUUCCUCACCUGACUGCACAGAGCAGGUUUCUGGGGCGAAUUAAGAGGUGGGGAAUGGAGUUGUGCAAGCAGGUGUCGCUGAGGCACAGCAGAGUAGACGUCAGUGGGCAAAACUGACAUUUCACUUUUAGGUUGUGUUUUCUUAGUCUUGGGCACCUAUUGGUAGGAUUGGGUGGGGAUGCUGUUGCAUCUUUCUGCUGGCUGAUUUUGGGAACUGUAAUACAGCUGGACAGGUCCCGGCUGCUUCUCUUCUGAUACUAGCUGCAAGAAUCAAGUUACUGACAAGCCCCCAUCCUCUUCCAUGUCCAGAAUGAGGCUAGGGACUGCUCUGAAUUCAGAACCCUGAUCCAUGUGUGUGCACCCGUAUGUCCAUCUUCAGUAUGGGAGACUCUAAUCUUUCAAUCUUGUAUUUGCCAUAUGAAAGACCACCUUGCCCUUCUGCCACUCCUUGCUUUGUGGUCCUGGGGAAGAGAACCCUGGUUCCUUAGGUGGCUGUCACUGGCUCUCGGGACAAGCAUAGGUGAAGAAAACUCUGAGGUUGGCUGUCUUUGCAGACGGUUUUUAAAUUGCUCCGUAUUAUGCUUUGCAUUUUGUGGUUUUCUCUUCUUCCCCAUCCUUUCCCCUUGGACCAAUUUUUUUUGUACUGUAUCCUUUUAGAUGUCACCCCAUUUUAAUAAAAGCUGCCUCUGAAUGAA